CGCCUGCCGAGCGCCGAGCAGCCGAUGCCGAUGGCCGCCGCGGCGGAGUGAGGGACUUCGGAGGCCCAGAGCCCGGGCCCGAGGCCGGUCCAGGCCUGCCUGCCAGCGGCAACCUCGUGGGGGUUUCUUCUACUCCAAGGAAGCAGCAUCAUUCAGGCCACAAUGCCACGUCCUCAUUCUCCAUGUGCUGCUUGGUUAAGUUAAUGCCUCCGGAACCCUGUUGCUUGCAGAAGAAUCAAGCUGACUCUUGGCACGAGGCCCCUGCCUCACGGGGGCUGUGACCCACACUGCCAUGGCUUCUCUGGAUGACCCAGGGGAAGUGCGGGAGGGCUUUCUCUGCCCCUUGUGCCUGAAGGACCUGCAGUCUUUCUAUCAGCUUCAGUCGCAUUAUGAAGAUGAGCACUCGGGGGAUGACCGAGAUGUCAGAGGGCAAAUUAAAAGUCUUGUCCAGAAAGCAAAGAAAGCAAAGAACAGAUUAUUGAGACGAGAAGAUGAUCGAGCAGAAUCGGGGACCCGAGGAUAUGAAUCUUUCAGCUAUGGAGGGGUUGAUCCUUACGUGUGGGAACCCCAGGAACUCGGUGCUGUGAGAAGCCAUCUUUCAGACUUCAAAAAACACCGAGCUGCCAGAAUUGACCACUAUGUUGUUGAAGUCAAUAAAUUAAUUAUCAGGUUAGAGAAGCUCACUGCAUUUGACAGAACAAACACCGAGUCUGCUAAGAUCCGAGCAAUAGAAAAGUCUGUGGUGCCUUGGGUCAACGACCAGGACGUCCCUUUCUGUCCAGACUGUGGCAGUAAGUUCAGCAUCCGUAACCGCCGCCACCACUGCCGCCUGUGUGGGUCCAUCAUGUGCAAGAAGUGUGUGGAGCUCAUCAGCCUGCCCCUGGCAAACAAGCUCACCAGUGCCAGCAAGGACGCCCUGAGCUCGCAUACCAGCCCCAGCCAGUCACCCAGCAGCGUCCACGGCUCCCGCCGGGGCAGCAUCAGCAGCGUGAGCAGCGUGAGCUCCGUGCUGGACGAGAAGGACGACGACCGCAUCCGCUGCUGCACGCACUGCAAGGACACGCUGCUCGCGCGGGAGCGGCAGAUCGACGAGAGGGAGCACACGCCCGACAUCGCCAGGCUCUACGAGAAAUUACGACUUUGCAUGGAAAAAGUUGACCAAAAAGCUCCCGAGUACAUCAGGAUGGCGGCAUCCCUAAAUGCUGGAGAGACAACCUACAGUCUGGAACAUGCCAGUGACCUCCGGGUAGAGGUGCAGAAAGUGUAUGAGCUAAUAGAUGCUCUAAGCAAGAAGAUCUUGACCUUAGGCUUGAACCAGGACCCUGCGCCACAUCCCAGCACUCUGCGGCUGCAGAGGAUGAUCAGAUACUCGGCCACGCUGUUCGUGCAGGAAAAGUUGCUUGGUUUGAUGUCACUACCAACCAAAGAACAGUUUGAGGAACUGAAAAAGAAAAGACAGCAGGAAAUGGAGCAGAAGAGGAUCCUGGAGAGGCAGGCUGCCUUGGAAUCCCAGCGAAGACUCGAGGAAAGGCGGGGUGACUUGGCAUCUCGUGCAGCCAAUGGGGAGGUGUCAUCCCUUCAUGGAGGCCGGGCCCCCCUGAGAAAGGCUGAGGGCUGGCUCCCCCUGUCAGGCGGUCAGGGGCAGAGUGAAGACUCGGACCCCCUCCUCCAGCAGAUCCACAACAUCACCUCAUUCAUCAGUCAGGCCAAGGCCGCGGGCAGGGCCGACGAAGUGCGCACGCUGCAGGACAACCUGCGGCAGCUGCAGGACGAGUAUGACCAGCAGCAGACAGAGAAGGCCAUCGAGCUGUCCCGGAGGCAGGCGGAGGCGGAGGACCUGCAGCGGGAGCAGCUGCAGAUGCUGCAGGAGCGCGAGCGCGAGCGGGAGCAGCUGCAGACGGCUGCUGUGCACACCCGGACUCGGUCCCUGGACUUCCGAGAAGUCAGGCCGUUUCAGCUGGAGCCUGGGAGGGAGCCUCGCGCCCUUGCUUAUGCUCUGGAUCUAGACUCUUGCCCAGUUCAGAGCAUUGCGGCCUCCAAAACCCCUUCCCCCAGCUUAUCUCAAGAGACCGUCAGAGUAUGGUCUGGGCCGCCAGCCCUGGGCCGGGAAUUGCUCCCCCAGGACGCCAUGUCCCAUCAGAAUGAGGUGUCCUCCCUGAACCCCUUUGAGGAGGAAGACCUGUCCAGCCCCACAGCAGAGGGCACGAGCAGCCCCCCUGCUGCAGACCUGUCCUCCCGCCCUUCAGCCCACGUUCUGAAAGAGUACAACCCCUUUGAGGAGGAGGAGGAGGAGGAGGCAGCGGCGGGGAAUCCCUUCGUCAGCCCAGACAGCCCAGCGCCCAACCCCUUCGACGAGGAAGAAGAGCGUCCCCAGCAGAGGCCCGCGAGCCCGCCUGCUCCUGGCAACCCCUUUGAGGAAGCCGCCUGCACCAACCCGUUCGAGCUGGACAGUGACAGCGGGCCGGAGGGCGAGGCGCCGAUCGAGGAGGAGCUGCUCCUGCAGCAGAUCGAUAACAUCAAGGCGUACAUCUUCGACGCCAAGCAGUGUGGCCGCCUGGAUGAAGUAGACGUGCUGACAGAGAAUCUGAGGGAGCUGAAGCGCACCUUGGCCAGACAGCAAGGCGGCACCGACUGACCAGUGGGUGGGCAGCACCCAGCGGAGCCGGGGACAGGGCUAGUUGGCUUGACGGAGGCGGAAGGGCAAGAACUAAGAUGCCUGCAGGUUGAGCGAGACUCUGCUGCUUCUCAUCGCGCCGUGAAGGUAUUUUCACUACAGCUGAAAACAAAAUGGGAACUAGAACAGGAGAAUCAGCGGUCACUUGCUGUUUUUCCUGUUUUUUUUUUUUAAGUUGGGUUUUUCCUUUAGAAGGGGGUUAAACUUUAACUGCUGAGGUGUAACUACAUAUAGUUCCGUUGGGCCCAAGUAGAAAUGGGGGUUGUGCUCCUGAAGGGCCCAUUUGUCUGGCCUUGGGCCACUGUGUGGCAUUCCAGGGCCGCCUGGCGUAGGGCCCUCUCUUCAGCCCCCACGGACAAGUGGGCCCCUUUACGCCUUCCUUUGCUCUGGCAGAGCCGCGAGGCUGGGGCCUUCGCCCUGGGCUUCCUCUGGCAGUCGGUGGGGUGGCUCUUUGCUGGGGCGGUGAUAGAGGAGCGCUUAGAGCUUCUUUUAAGAGCUGGUGAUGGGGGCGGUGCUUUACCAAGGUCUGUUCCCCCUUUUUUUUCUUUAAAGAUUUCCUUCUUAGUUUGGAAUCUUUGUCUCUCUCAAGGAAUUGAUCUCUCAGUGCAGGGACAUCGCAGAGAUCCUGAUGACGCACUUUUUAGCAAACAGGAAUGGAUGAUUGUAAUUUGACAGAGGUAGGGUUAUUUGCGAGGGGGGUCCCAACCCUAGCGUUGCUUUGUUGGAACUGAAUGACUGAUGGAACAGGCCUUCCAUCAAGAAACUUCCCACCAGAACUUUGGCAAAAUUACUCUUUCCUGGGCUUUUUCAAAGGGGCCAGUUUAUAAUUUAGGGAUUAGUGAUCGGGAAGCCUCUCUGGAACUUUGUCAGGAGAGUACAACCUUCCCUGAGUCAGAAGAUAAACUGACCUCCAGGGGUAGUUGAUUAGCUUUCUUGCUUUCUUGGUGCAACCUGUCCUGUCCUGGGACACCAGUGAGAUUUUUUCUUCACAGUAUUAAGGAACAGACGUCUGAAGGGGUCAAUGCAGGAUUAUUCUGGUAGCACCAUAGUACUUGAACUUUUAACCAGUUGAGGGCAAAGGGAAAUUGUUUGUUUAGCUCUGCUGCUUGGUUUAAGGAGUAGAACCCUUGCCCCGAAGUGAAGUCUGACGUGAUGAUCUUCACUGCGCUCAGCCCUGGGGCGAGUCACUGCAGUUGCGUUUGGUGGUUAGUGAACAAUAACUGGUCACCGGUCCCUUCACUAAGUCACACUCCCCGGUGUGAGAGCUGACACGUGUCUUGUUACAUUCUGGGAAGACACCUGUUGAUCUGGGGACUGUCUAAAAUGUCCUGGUGUAAAAAUAAUGGUAUUUGUGGUGACGCUAUUCACGUUUCUUUAGCACGUGUGGGUCCUUUGGCAGAAUGGAAAAGCCCUGUGUGGGGCAUUGACAGGCUCUUUGCACUGGGUUCUGCUCAAAGGACUGUGAGUGGGUCAUCCAGGUUUCUGUCGUGAGGGGUCAGGGGAGCUAGCUACUAGUAUAGGCUGCCUUUCCUCCCUGAGGCCCAUGUCCUUGAUGCUUAAUUCUGGAGGGUUCCACGGCUGUCCGCUCAGUCCUUCCUGCCUUUUCUCCAACUGAAGACGAGGGCACUCUUUGCACAGAAAGGUGGGCAGUUCCUGCAGGUAAAGGCUGCCUCCCACCAUAAUCACUUCUCUUACGGGAGCAGCCAUCUUAAUGAGCUGGUGGCUUCAAUUAAGAGUCGUGAACAAAUGUGCCCUCUCCUUCAAUCAGCCCCAGGUGGCAACGUGUAAGUGGUGAAGUGGUCAAGCGCAUCAAGGACCACACACGUAAGAGAUGCUUUUUAACAGUUAUAAAAUCACUGAAUAUACUAAAUCAAACUAAAACGUUCUGAGGUGGUUCUUCCAUUGAGUCCUUCCAGGGCAGGAGUCUCCUGUAACCACAGCUCUGGCCGGUGUCGGAGUCUCUACCCCUUACGUGCAUUUCCCAGAUUUCACAUAGGCACUGAGGUGGAUUUACAGUGACGGGUUGACGUCACGGAAGAGGAGCCUAAUGGAUUGCAGCACUUCAGUUUCUAACCUCACGGACAGCACUCUCUUCCGCCACUGCGCCACCCCGGCAGGGAACAUGCGUGCGUGGUGGCGCCGGCCAAUCCCCUCGACGUGGCCAACCGCCGAGAGUGGGUUUGGGCAUCACAUGAAGGCCGAGUUUUCCUUUGCUGCCUCGUUUGUAUCUUUCCCUCUCUGACACACUAAGGACACUUCGUGUUGUUGCUGUGUAGAUACACUAGAAUGUGCCACACCAGCUGGCCACAUGCUGCUCGGACAUGGUGUGAUUAGGUGACAACUCAGAGCGAGGAGCUGGUCGUGCGGGCAUGGGUGACAGUGUGCGGGUCAUUGAUUUGCAUGCACUACUUGUGGCCUGUAUUGGAACCUUUUUAAAAAAAAAUAAAAUUACAGAUUAGUGGUUGGGAGUGUGUGCCUGUGCGCAUG